AUGGACAACGACCUGGAGAGCUCUUCAGCUCCAACCCCCAAUCCAACCUCCAGAAAUAUGAGUCCAGCGGGACAUAUGGAGGAUGCUAGCACCAGCGCGGGUGCACAUUCACAGCCAGCGGGCAUUACACGGCGAGUUGGCUUUCUACGGGGCGGCAUUGCGGGCCGCCGGUUCAGAGAAACAACUCCCCGAAUCGAAAAGAACUUCAAUAUAGCAGACAAAAUGGUUACAGACGUCACUGGAACAACAAUUCGGUCAAUCCCCAUGCUACAAGGCGAGAAAAAUGUGAAUAAUUGGUUAACCAUUGUCAAGUUGCAGCUAAACCACUAUGGCUGGGGGAUUCCGAAGACAUACAAAUCAAAUGGCGAAGUGCCAUGA